AUGGAGUCGAUUAUAUUCUCCUAUAAAAUUACUAUUGUAACACCUGAAGCGCAUUCAGUUGGAGAUGCAAAACAGUUAAUUAAUUCAUAUACGUUAAAGAAGCAAGUCCAUUUCACAGGACAAGGUGAAUCCCCAAUUUUCGUACUAGAUGGGAAAACUAAUGAAUGUGUUCAUUGUGAAACCGUGGAGCUCUGUCCGCGUAAACGUCGUAUUACUAUGGAUAUGGAAGUAUUCAAAAAGCAUGCCGAUGUUCAAAUACGUAAUGAUCUUAUCGAUUGUCAGGUUGAUAUGUGUUCAGUAGAGGUACCAGCUUUAUUCACCGAGAGUUUUUGA